UGCUCGGGGAGUUCACGAGUCCUCCUGCUUGACAUACACUUUAUUACAUAUUUUAUAUGGAUAUAGUUUUAAACUGAAAAUAAAUGUCUGCUGGGCCAGAUUAUUCAUUAGAAAGUGGGGUGCAGGAAGACACAGUGGGUCGUGAGGAGCUCUUUGAACCCCCAAGUAGAAGGGGGGAUCUUGUCGGGGAUGUUGAAGACCCCCAAAAUGACUCCAUGCUCCUCCUGCAGCAGCUGCAGGAGCUGCAGGAGGAGAACCACCGGGCGAGGCGGCGCAACAUGGAACUCCAGGCCCAGCUGGCGUUGUACUUCAACGGGAAGACCCCCGGAGAAGACGAAGAGGACCCCGACCCGGACACGCAGGAGUACGAGGAGUGCCUGCAGCGCCUGGUGGAUCUGAGGAGCCAGAAGGCCUCCCAGUUGGAGAGCGCUCGGCAGCAGGAGGAGAAGCUGAGACUGCGCGACCAAGAGGAGCUCAAUCAGGUGGAGGGCGAAUGGCGAUCCCUGUUGACUUUGAAGAGGAAGCUCGCAGUCUCGCUGCUAAGCGGACAUUUGUCUCCAGAGGCGGCCCGGGCCGAGGUGGAGGCCACGCUAGGGGCCGAGCGGCUCGCUCGUCACGAACUGAGGAAGCUGCGUCUGAAGCACGCCGGGAUGGAGAGCAGGGUGGGCCGUCUGGAGGCCCAGCUCGGAGAGGAGGAGAAGGACAAGGCCCGGGAUCUCCUGCGCCUCCAGUUUGAGCAGAUGUUGGCCCAGAGGACGCGCCAAAGCAAAGUCGACAAGCGGAGGAGUCAAGAGGCCUCCGAGCUCCGGAAGAACAUGAAGCGCACCUUGGAGUUGCUGUCAAACACGAAGGAGAAGCUACACUGGAGUCAGACGGAGGUCCAGGCCAAGCGGGAGCAGCUGGCCCAGCUGGAGGCCACGCUGACCUCCAGCAGGGACCCGCUGGCUCGGACCCGGCGGGCCUGCGCCGGCCUGCAAAGGGACAACGCGGAGCUGAGGCGGACGCGGGGACUGCUGGGGAACACGCUUCUCUUGCGGGACUUUGGCGUCACCGCGGCCGCCGCCGAACGACUGCAGGAGACGCUGGCGAAGCUCAAACGUCGGCGGGAAGAAAUUGCUUCGUCGCGAUCGAGUCGGUUUGAUUCAUGAGUCGCUGGGGUAACGUGUUUUUGAACUAGGCAAAUAGUACAUUAUAAAAACAUGUAUUACAUCAAUAGAAUGUAAAGAAUCAAUUAGUUUUACACCUAUACAUGGAGACGGUCACAAUUCCUCAGUAAGCUGCAGUAAGGGUGCUUGUUUUUUCGCAAAGAGUAAAAUAUUAUUGUUAUAUUGUCUAUCUGCAUGUGUUGCUCCCCGCUUAGUUUCAGUCCUCAUUUCUUAAAGGUUUACAACACUGAUGCCAUUUGUUAGCCCAUCUAUGGUGUUUUGCAUUGUUAGCAUUAAGCUAUCUGUACUUUCCUCAGUCAAAGCUGUGGUUGUUUCAAAUACACAUCAAGCAAUCCUCAUUUUUGCUCACCAGGCAAAAAAAAAAAAUCCCCCGAGGGACAGCUCAUAAAUCAAUUCGUAUUGUAUACAAGCCAUAAGUGCAAUAUAAAAACACAUAAUUGUGCUAUGCAUAUCUCGAGCAGAUUAUUAAAUGUUUU